ACGUGGAAACCUGGUUGUUGAUUGAUCAAUAAAUCACCUCCAAACGCGGGUUUGACUUAUGUGAACUACGCCAAUCAAACCUCGAUUCUGUUGGUAAUUUAACAAGAUCCGAAAUGGAGGACAGCGACUUCAGCGACAAUCAAGAUGAGGGCGAGUCCGGACAAGAGGACGAGCUGGACCCGAACAAUCCUGACCACGCUUUUGCUCUUAUUGAAAGAGACUAUAACAAGACUGUAGCGGAAAUAGAGCAAAACCUCGAAGCAGCUCAGUUUGCUGACGACUUCAACCGACUGUUCGAAGCCUACUUCAACACCUACAACAAGCAGAGGGACGCUGAACAGACCAACGCCGAGUACGAAAAAAGUCUGAACAUGAAGAAGUCCCAGCUGGAACUGGCGCUGAAGCUGGCUGAUGAGGACAAAGAAACCAUCGACACUCUGAAGACCGAAAUCGACAAGGCGUGGAAGUUAGCAGACGCGGCUCAUGCCCGAGAGCAACUUGCGCAAGAGAUCAUCGACAACUUGCGGGCGCAAGUUGAAAAUCUCAAUGCCGAGAUCGAAUUCAAAAAUAAAAUGAAUCAAGACUCUGACGAUGUGGGAGAAUUGAGCAAGCACAAGGAUGGACUGGAAAGGGAGCGGGACAAGCUGAUAAACGAAGUCACGCAGCUCACGACCAAAUUAAACAACGCCGUCAACUACCAAGAGGAGCUGGAGAAGAAAAACUCUGAGGCGGACCUGCGAAUCAACGAAAUCGCUGGACAAUUGGAGGAUCAAGCAUCGGAAAUUCUGCGAGCGAAGCGAGCCAAAGACAAACUCGAGUCCGAUCUGAUGGAGCUGAGAAUCAGCCUGGAGGACAAAGAGAUCAGCAUUCAUAAUCUAACAGGCGUAAUAGCUGAGCAUGUGAAGAAAACCGCCAGGCUGGAAAAUGAGCUGAAGGACCACAAGGCAAACAGUGAAAAACUGUUGAAAGAAAACGAGCAAAAUGUGGCCAAACUCGGCAAAGUUCAAGAGGAUUACAAUGCGACUCUUUACGAGCUGGACCGAUCGAAGAAAAUGUACCAGGAAAAACUGGGGGACAUCAAGUUGCAUGAAGACGAAAACACCCGCUUGAAGAACGACAUCACCAAACUCACAAAAGCCAAGGAAACCGCAGAAAAACGCGUUCUAGUAGUAAAUGGAGAAAGGGACGACCUCCAAGUGGACAAAGCCAACAUGCGCCAAAGACUCGCCCUUCUCGAACGGGAGAUCGACGACCAUAAGCGAUUCUCCGAUGAAGACAAACGCGCAAUUGAAACAGUCAAUAAAGAAAAAGAUGUCCUCAACAAAACAAUUCAGCGGCAGCAAGUAGUGGCGCGCGAUCAGCUGAAGCUGAUCCAAAUUCAAGAUCAAAGCAAGAAGAAAUUGGAAGUUGAGCUCGACUCAUUUUUCAUCGAAAGCAGCAAGCAGAAGAAGCAGAUUCAUCAGCUGGAAAGGGAGCGCGACAAACUGGCCGAAGAGCAGCUGGAGCUGACGAAGACCAUCGAAGAUAACAUGGAUGAUAUUCGAGAGAAAAAGGGCCAUAUAUUUGAUUUGAAAAAAAACAUCACGGAGUACGAAAACCAAGUAAGGCAGCAGCAGAAUAUCUACGAGGCGAUUCGCGCCGAUCGCAAUUCCCUGCAAAAGUCCCUACAAGAAUCCAUGGCAGAGACUGGCGAAUUGAAAAAGAAGCUAAAAAUCGUUUUCCAUCAAACUGAACAACUCAAGGAGGACAUUGCCAUGAAGGAAAAACUGCUGAUCAAAGAUGAGAAUGUGAUGCGGAAGAUCACCAAAGAAAAGGACAAUCUUAAGAUUGAAGUGAUGGCCGGCUUAGACCAGAUCCGCACCCUGAAGCAGGAAAUCAAAGAGCAAAAGGACGAGGAGAAACGGUUGCACCAAACCAUCCUGGAGCAUGAAAGAACCAUUAGAGGGCAGGUUAAAGACAUGGAGCAACUAAUGAACGAAAGGGAUGUGCUUGGGUCCCAACUGGUGCGAAGGAAUGAUGAAAUCGCCUUGUUGAACGAAAAAAUCAAGAUCCUACACUCAACCCUAUGUAGAGGCGAAACGCAGUACGACCAGAGACUUCAAGACAUCAAGCUGCUGAAAAUCGAAGUGAAACGCCUGCGGCAAGAGAAGCUGCUGAUAUCAAAGUCGAUGAACAACAUGGUCGAUUUGAGGCAAGAAAUCUUCCACUUGGAACGCGAACUGACCAAGUCGCGACUGCAGCGCAAAGCCCUGGAACAGGAGGUUCAAAAUCCGCUGAACAUCCACCGCUGGCGGAAGCUGGAAGGCUCUGAUCCAGAGGUGGUCGAGCUGUUGCAGAAGAUUAAGCUCCUGCAGAAAAGACUGCUGCGUCAGGCCUCCGAAGCAGUAGAACGCGAAAGACAGUUGAAAGAAGCGGAACGGUUGUAUUUGAAUUUGCGGCAAGUUUUGGCCAAGCAACCGGGGCCGGGGAUUCAAGACGAAUUGGUGAAGACUCAAAGGGCUCUCAAGCAACGAGGGGACAAGUUAAAGUGCCUUGUCUCUGAAUUGAACAUGACUGAGCUGAAAGCGACCGAAUAUAAAGCGGAUCUGCAAAAAGUGACUGAAGAACUUGCCGAUUUGAAAAGGAAAUAUUUGGAAGAGAAAAAAUCGAACCGUCCCAGACGUACGACACUGGAAUCGGCUGGGAGAGAGGGAACCGAUCAAGUUGGCGCUUGCGACGUGCGAUUCACCGGUGGCGGUUUUCGAAUGUCCGUGCAUCAAGUCCCGACUAAAUAAUCUGAUUUGCGUCGAUUAAACUAUCUGAUUGGCUGGAAACACGUGCAUACUCAACUAAGUGGUUGUGUUGGGAGUGUGGGGAAUAAAAUUUGUUUAAAUUA